AUGGAGAAGAAGAACAACAAGUAUUGGAUGGGUUGUCUCAGAGCUGAAUCGGACAAGAGUGGAAACGUCGAUUUCCCUGGCCAACUCGCUGAGCCAACUCACCUUGUCGUCAUGGUCAACGGUCUCAUCGGCAGUGCUCAGGACUGGAGAUUCGCUGCUAAGCAGAUGCUGAACAAGUAUCCUCAUGAUCUCGUCGUGCACUGCAGUAAACGCAACCAUUCAACACAGACAUUUGGUGGUGUUGAUGUUAUGGGAGAGAGAUUAGCAGAAGAGGUUAGGUCGGUGAUCAAACGUUAUUCAAAUCUCCAAAAGAUUUCAUUUGUAGGACAUUCUUUAGGUGGCCUGAUUGCUAGGUAUGCUAUUGGGCGUCUUUAUGAGCAAGAAUCCCGAGAAGAGCUUUCACAAAAUAGCAAUGACAUCGGGGAUAAAUGCACUAUAGAGGAGCCGAAAGAGAGAAUCGCUGGUUUAGAGCCUGUGUAUUUUAUAACUUCUGCAACACCACACCUUGGCUCAAGAGGACAUAAGCAGGUCCCAUUGUUUUCUGGAUCUCACACUUUGGAGAGAUUAGCUACGCGUAUGUCGUGGUGUCUUGGUAAAACGGGGAAACAUAUUUUUCUCGCUGAUAAUGAUGAUGGAAAGCCUCCCUUACUCCUCCGAAUGGUUAGUGAUUUCAGAGAUCUUAAAUUUAUUUCUGCUUUGCGAUGCUUCAAGCGGCGUAUUGCUUACGCGAAUACAAGUUUCGACUACCUUGUCGGGUGGAGUACAUCAUCUAUCAGAGGUUACAAUGAGCUCCCUAAGCUUCAACGCGGUCCAGUCAAUGAGAAGUAUCCUCACAUUGUGAACGUUGAAGCACCAGUUACUGCAAGAAACCAUGAGGAAGAUCGAUCAGGGAACAAUUCAAACGGGUUCAAGAAUUUCGAUAUGGAAGAGGAGAUGAUAAGGGAACUAACAAAACUGAGCUGGGAACGGGUUGAUGUUAGUUUCAGAGGAACCUUGCAAAGAUUUAUGGCUCACAAUACCAUUCAGGUGAAAACAAAGAUGAUCAAUUCAGCUGGAGCAGAUGUUAUACAACACAUGAUUGACAAUUUUGAGCCGUAG